AUGCCACCAAGAAAACAUAAACCGACUGGCUAUGAACCCAUUGACUACGACAAAUUGCUUGGUGCUAUAAAGCAAGUAAAAAUCAAUAAAAUUUCGGAACGCGCUGCUUGUGUUGCUGCAGGUAUGAGGCGAUCAACUUUUCAACGUCACCUGAAACGCGUAGAUAGCGUAUAUGAGGAUUUCGCCACCGAUGAACAAUUGUUGGAUUUCCUCAAAGAAAGACCAAGACACGGUGGAAAAACGAUUUUCACAAAUAUUCAAGAAAAACAACUUGGCCAAUACAUCAUCAAAUGUGCCAAAAUCAAUUAUGGUCUUACCAUCGAUGACGUGUGCAAGUUGGCGUACCAAUUUGCAAAAAAAGUUGUAGCUGAUUACCCGGCUAAUUGGGAUGAUGCCAGAAUAGCCACCAGAGAUUGGUAUUACGCUUUUAAAAGACGUCACGGCCGUCUUUCUCUGCUGAAACCAACGCCAACCAGUGCAAACAGAGCCAAAGCAUUUAAUAAACUAAAUGUUGAUAACUUUUUCAACCUUUUGAAGUCAGCAUUGGAUAAAUACCCGUAUCUUCCCAAUAGAAUUUGGAAUGCAGAUGAAACCGGAUUUCCAACUGUGCCGACCAAACCCGUAAAAAUCGUAGCUGCAAAAGGUUUUCGUGCCAGUUCGUAUGCUUCAGCCGAACGUGGUACUAAUGUCACAAUGACCAUUGCUGUUAGUGCUGCUGGUGAUACAAUUCCGCCAUUUUAUUUAUACCCGCGUAAAAAAAUGCAGUCGACAUACCUUUAUAACGCCACUUCAAAUGUUGUCGGUUUUGCAAAUGGCAGUGGUUGGAUGACGUCGAACGACUUCAUCGAGUUUAUGAAGCAUUUCGUAAAGUUUGCUCAUGCGUCGAAAGAACCCAAUUCUGCUGUUAAUGGAUAA